AGCAGCAGCCUGUCAGAGGCAGCACAGGGACGGAAACUCAAGCAGCUCCGCUCCGUAUAUUUCCACUCACCCUCCGUUUUAGGGAUUCAUUCAUCCAAGUCAGAGCUGCUGCUCGGUCUGUCCGGACGGACGGAAUCUGCCCAUCCAGCUGUUUCUACCCCUUCAUCCAGCGGUGCGCUGCGUCCGAAUCUGCGUCCGCGAAGGUCAGACGCAUCAUUUUUGAUCAGCGGACCUGGCAACUUUUUUUAAAAUUCCUCUCGUCCUGAUCGGCGGUAAAUCACCCGGAGAUUCUUGCAGCAUUCAGCGGCCGCUGGUGAGUCUUCCUGCCGGUGUUUUCAUGAGUGCAGGUUUCCUCAAGACGCUGAGAGGAUGGAUGGCUGACCUUGGAGCUCACUGAUUGGUUUGCUGAUCUUUGCCUGCCACAUUUGCUGUCAUGGCCAAAAGCCCGGAGGUGAAGCUGGCCGUCUUCGGCAGAGCAGGGGUGGGCAAGUCAGCUUUGGUGGUUAGAUUUCUGACCAGACGCUUUAUCUGGGAGUACGACCCGACACUCGAAUCAACAUAUCGUCAUCAAGCCAACAUUGAUGAUGAGGUGGUCACUAUGGAGAUUCUGGACACUGCAGGGCAGGAGGACAUCCAGCAGAAGGAGGGUCACAUGCGCUGGGGUGACGGAUUUGUCAUCGUAUAUGACAUCACAGACCGGGGAAGCUUUGAGGAGGUGGCGCCACUUCGGAAUCUCCUCGAGGAGGUGAAGAAGCCGAAAAACGUGCCUCUGGUCCUCGUGGGCAACAAGUCAGAUCUGGACCACGUGCGGCAGGUUGGCACGGAGGAAGGCGAGCGACUUGCAGCUGAGAUGGCAUGCGCCUUCUACGAAUGUUCAGCAUGUGCCAAUGAAGGUGUUACUGUGGCCGAGGCUUUCCACGAGCUGUGCCGCGAGGUGAGGCGCCGCAAGGCCGUGCAGGGCAAGGCCAGACGCCGCAGCUCCACCACACACGUCAAACAGGCCAUCAACAAGAUGUUGACCAAAAUCAGCAGCUAGGGAAGAGCCACGCGACUGUCUGAUGACUCAAGAAAUGUACAUUUUAUCAUGUAAAUGUUGCAAUUAUUGGCUUUUGAAAUGGACAAAAUGUGACUGAUUUAUUGUGCUUUUACCUAAUCUGAUCAUGUUCCAUCAAAAAACUCCCAAGAUCAAUAUCUUGCCACUGUGGAAGAGGUACUUCGUGUUGCUACUUCAGCAUGGGAGCCUUAGCGGAUGAUUUCUCAUGCAAACUUUUAAGCUUAUUGGAUCAAAAUAAUCCUGGAUACUGGGGAGAUAUACAAUAUGGUAAGGUUCUCAACUUUUAUCCUCUCUUUACUAACUCUAAUUCUCUUCACAGUCAGUACAUAGGCCACAGCGCAGUCUGAAAAUGAUGCAUGCAAGCUGUCUUAUUUAGCAUGCAACCAAUCCAAGGAAGAAGAUUCUUAGUUUCCUCUCUGUAUCUUAUCUGUAGGGGGCAUUGUGAUGUGCUUCGGGCCACAUGUUUGUAACUGUUCUGUCAGCGACGGUAGAAAAAUAAGAUCCGAUAAUUGCUAUUAUCGAGUAAUAUCGACUGCCCUUGUCAAGCCUAGAUAAAUCCCAGAAGUUGUCAAUGUCUGUCCUUCAAACAAACCUUGUAUUAAAGUCUACUCUGUUCUGUUGACAUUAAAUGUUCUGCAGUGGACUUCCUGUUUGUCCAGAACACAUGUACACAAGAUCUUUCCCUCAAGGAACCACAGCACAGGUUCAGAUCAAGUCAAGGCUCGGGAGGGAACAUUUUGCUGUUUUCUGUAAACAGACAAAGGGAAACAGCUGCUGUCCAGGGACGUUUUUUAAUACUGUAAACUACACUAUGUAUGAUACGGUAUAUUGCCUUAAGCAAUGCUCUGUCUUAAAUGUAUACAGAACCAAAAGGCAUCUACAGUAGAAGAUACUGUAAUUGUUGAAAUGGAAUAUGUUUUAUGUGACCUGUAUGACAACCAACUGUGCACUUGUAAUUAAAAGCUGAGAUAUA